AUGUUCCUCCGCUCAGCCAUCCGACCGUCCCUCUUCUCCCAUUCUCCACUGUCCAAAUCCAUAUCAACAUCGAUCCCACAAGCACGAAUACGGGCACAAGCACGACCGCAGUCUGCCCUCCUCAAACGUCCCAUCCUGGUGGCAUUCGGCCUCUCCUUGUCCAUCCCAUUCCUCCAACCACGUCCCAUCACGCGAUUAGAUACAUCCCCCUACUCGCCUCAACCUUCAAGUUCACAGGCCGCACCAUUCAGUAGCAGUAGCUCAGCAUCAUACACACACUCACGCGAUGCAAAGACCCCACUCACAAAGGACGGCAAGACGCUCAAUCCUGCUGCCGUGAAACAAAUCAGCUUGGGCGCCAUAUUGGGACUGGGCGCCGGCGUGUUGUUGUCAGCAUUCUCGAGGAGUUUGACAUUAGUGCUUGGAUUGGGAAUUGUGGUUUGGCAGUAUGCUGCCCGGAAAGGCUACAAUUUCAUCCCGGUCGACCGUCUGCAGCGAAAUGUGAAGAACGUUAACCUGCGCAGCGCGAUCAAUGACAAUGUCGCAUUCAAGAUCAGUUUUGGACUCAUGUUUGCGCUGUCCGCGUUCGGAGAGUUCUGA